AUGGCUUCCAGCUCAAACCACGGUCUGCUGCUGAUGGGCAGGUGCAGCUGUCAGGGGCAGGAGAAGUGUAGCACCAGCAUCCUCUACCAGCUCCUGAACCCGGGCUGCCAGUGUGGGGCUGCCGAAGAGAGAGCGCUUUUAUCCCUGCGGGCCACUAGCAAGGCAGCCUCCGAGGUACUGCUGAAAACGGUGGAGUUUGUAAAGAACCUGCCCUCCUUCCUGGCACUGCCCCCCCAGGACCAAGACAAGCUACUCCAGGCAGGCUGGGCAUCACUCUUUCUGCUGGGUUUGGCUCAGGAGAAGGUGGACUUCCACUUGGCAUCACCCAGGAAGAGCAUCCUGCUGGGGAUCCUGACAGAGAAGCAGCAGCAACAGGGAGACCCCGGGGGACAAUACAGGGAGAAGCUGGGGAAAGCCAGAGAGUUCUUAACCCAGUGCUGGAGUAUGGAUAUAAGCACCAAUGAAUAUGUCUAUCUCAAAGGGAUUGUCCUCUUCAGUCCUGCUGUCCCAGACUUGCUGUGUCCCCAUCACAUCCACUACCUUCAGCAGGAAGCCAAGAUGACCUUACAGGAGCACCUCAGCUCCCUGCACCCCAGCGCCCCCUCUCGACUCGCCCAGCUUCUCCUGACCCUCGACUCCCUGCAGGCCAUCAGUGCCAGGGGCAUCACAGAGCUCUUCUUCCAGCCAAUCAUAGGAAACACAGCCACGGAGGCGCAUCUGCGGGAGCUGCUUUAG